AUGACACCAGAAACUACACAAGACGACACUGAGGCUCCGGCCAUGAAAGAAGGGGAUUACUAUCUCGACGAAGAUAGCGACGACAACGAUUCACAGACACAGAAAACUGCUUACUGUUGCACUGGGCAAGGCAAGCCAAUCACAACGGCUGAGCUUUGGGAGGAAUUCAAGGAUCUGAGCUCUGAACUUUGGGAUUAUGUCAGAUACAGAUGCUGGAAGAAAAAACUGCUGACGGCUGUUUUGGUUAUAUGCGCUAUAGGUGUUUGUUGCGAUCUAGCAUUUGGGGGCCUUUUCCUUAACUGGUUGGCGCUAUUUGUUGCUUGGAUGGCUUACCAUCCGGUAGAGGGAGUCUUUGCAUAUGUCGCGGUCUUUGUCGUUGCCACUUUACUAUUCGUUCCAGAAAUCUUUCUUGUGUUUGCUGCUGGGUUUGCAUUCUCGGCUGCCAUUGGGACUUGGGAGGGUAUGGCGGUUGCGACGUUGGCCUCAUUCCUUGCAAGUGGGAUUAGUGCCAUUAUUGCUUUUAUCAGAGCCCGUUACAUGAUGCGUGACUUGAUCCAAUUGUUUGCAAAGCGGUAUCCACUGGUGAUGUGUGCUGAUCGAGCUUUGGAACGUAACGGAUUUCGAGUCCUCGUUCUACUCAGGCUGUGCCCAGUCAUCCCAUACAACGCUCUCAACUAUUGCGCUGGUGUGACUGAUAUCUCUGCGGAGCACUUUUUACAGAGUUUAGUCGGUGUCAUUCCCUUUCAAAUGUUCUUGGCAACAGUUGGAGCAACAACAGCUCGGUAUUCAGCAAUUGAUCUACACAACAAUCAGGAGCAACGAUUGAUUCUCUUUGCGCUCUUGGGAGCAGGCAUUUGUUUUGGAGCCUUUGGCGUACUCUUGAUUUGGAGACUUGUGAAGCAAGAGUUGCAGAAAGAACUCGAACUAUCUGAUAAGCAAAUGAAGGGGUAUAUCACGAUGAAUCCUGAUGAUUUUGUGGAACAAGGGGUCGAAGUCUCUGCCAAAAGAUUCAAUGUGAAAGAAGGUGACGAGGACGAAAGUGAUCAAUUCUUCUGGGUAUGGGCAUAA